AUGAAUGGAGUUUUUGUAAGGAGUGUUCAAAAUGAUUAUUCGCAGUCUUUCGAAAGAACAUUAGAGAAAGGACGGAGGCACAUUGAAGAUUUGAUGACAAAAUUGGAAAUGGCCGAUGAAUCAUUAGGAAAUCAAGCUGUUGCCUUUUAUCGGAUAGCACUUGAGCGUAGUUUUACCAGAGGUCGGAGAACUGAGCAAGUUGCUGCAGCCUGCCUAUACAUUGCUUGUCGGGUGAAUAACAAACCAUUUUUACUGAUUGACUUUGCCAUUUGGUUAAGUGUGAAUGUUUAUAUCUUGGGUGCUGUUUAUCUUGAGCUUUGCAAAAAAUUAAGCCUGGACGAGCAUCCCUUUGUUCAGAAGCCUGUUGAUCCCAGCCUUUUUAUGCAUCGAUUUACAAGUGCUUUAAUGAAAGGUGAUUAUCAAAAUAAGGUUUCGAGGACUGCGCUUCAGAUAGUUGCCAGUAUGAAGCGAGACUGGAUGCAGACUGGCAGAAAACCGAGUGGGAUUUGUGGUGCUGCACUAUUCAUCUCUGCGCUUUCACAUGGGUACAAAUAUUCGAAAUCUGAGAUUAUUAAAAUUGUUCACAUAUGUGAGGCGACAUUGACGAAAAGAUUGGUCGAGUUUGAGAACACAGAAUCUGGAAGCUUAACAAUCGAGGAAUUCACUCAGAAAGCUGAAGAAUUUGAGAGGGAGAAUCGUUCUAAUAAACUGCAAAAUGUAAAUGCCAGUGAGUCAGAUAAGGUUGAAGUGCUUUGCGAACACAAAGGCAAAGAACCUCAUUUUGCUCACGGGCUUUGCAGAAGCUGCUACAAAGAUUUUCUUGAACUUUCGGGAGGACUUAAUGGAGGAUCCGAACCUCCAGCUUUCCAGGUAGCUGAAAUGAAGAGAUUGGCCAAAGCAUCUGCUGAAAAGGAAGGAUGCCCUGACGAGGCAAAUGACGACGUGUUCAACAAGAAGAAAGAGGCUAUAACAGAGGCAGAAAAUUUUUCUAUCUUUGGAAACCUGGACGCACCCUUUAAUGGCACUAAUGCCGAAGAUGGUGAUAAUCCAUCCAUGACAGAUGAUGCGGAAAAUCUUUCCGAUAUUGAUGAUUUUGAGGUCAAUUGCUACCUUAAUAGUGAGGAAGAAAGCCGAUUGAAGAAGAUCAUAUGGGAAGAAAUGAAUAAGGAGUACCUCCAGGAACAAGCAGCUAAAGAGGCGGCAGCUGCUGCUGCUAUGAAAGAUCUAGGAUUCGCCUCAGAUGAUGUGCUUGAUGCAAGGAAACUUGCUGCUGCUGCUGCAGCUGCUGUCGCGAAAUCAAGAGAGCAACGAAAGCAGAAGAGAGCUUUGGAAGAGAAAAAUGCAGGCCCUCCUCGAACUGCUGCUGAAGCUACCCGUCAGAUGCUAACCAAAAAGGGAUUAAGUUCAAAAAUCAAUUACGACGAACUGGAUAAACUAUUUGAUGAGGAGUUGCCUUCGAAUGCGAAGAAGUCUCGUGUCGAGUCUGAGCAAGACAACGAGAAAAGUACUGGGAAACUAGCAGAAAAAGAGGAGGAAAACGAAGCGAAAUCGAGCAGUUUGAAUGAGCAGGAAGAGGGUGAAGAGGACAUGGAAGAUGAUGUUGGGGAAGAAAUAUAUGGAGAUCAAAUGUAUGAUCAAAAUGAGUAUUACUAUGAGGAAGAGAAUAAUGAUUUCGAUGAUGAAUUCUGA